GUACUUAGACAGUGUUCCAACUGAUAAAGUAAAACACUGGAUUAUAACUAAAACUUGUACCCAUCUAAAGGUUGUGUGUAACAAUGUGACAGUACUCAGCUUUAACUUUGCUACUGACUACUCACCAGGUGGUAAGACUAGUCACCAGGUUUGGUUGAGAAGGUGCAGUAGUUUGAGAUUCCUUAGCUAUUACAAGAUGACUAAUAUUCUUUUAAGAACUGUAAGUUAAUAUACUACAAUCUGAACAAUAACCUACCUUAUAAACUGAUCGGGAAUAUUUCAAAUUUGUUAUGAUCUAGAAUGAACAAUUUGUUAAAUAAUAAAUUCUGAUAGCUUAUUUACUACUAUUAUUACGGAAAAUGAAUCAGUAAAUCUUAAAAAACAGUAAAAACUUGGGGUGUUAUGAAAAUAAACAUCAUCAUCAUGGUCGCCGUCCUGUAAUUAGCAAGUACAGCUACAUUUCAGUUUAAUAGAGUAUGGGAACAGAAUUUUUUUAACCGGAAAAUUUUGUCAAUUUUUUCCAUUUAUGUCUCAACUUUUGGUGUGAAAUUUGUGAAAGUAAUUAAAAUUGUUAUUCCAACCUCUUAACUUAUUGAGAUAAAUUUUGUAGCUCAUUGGACAAUUUCCGCUGCUAAGUGUUCUAGUUUGCACCGAUUAAAAGAUAUAUUGUUAUUUGGAUAUGUUGCUUUAUACUUUGUCUUUACUUCUAAAUUUACCCUUUGGCCAGUCUAAACUCCCUCAUUGUAUAUUUUUAAAGGUACAAUGGAAAUUUCUGCCCUGAUUUUGUUAUGAACUUCGUUGCAAAGCAAGUUUUAAAGAGUAAAACUGGUGCUUUGACAGACAAACUAGAUGAGGUUUCAAAGAAAUGCAAGGAAAUGCUGGACUCAGAUGAACCUGAACCACCACAACCUGCUCAAAAUCUCAGUGAGGAAGAACAGAUGAACCAAGAGGCUGAAAGAAGAAAGCAACAUUACGAGUCUUUCAAUGCUGAGAGAGAGGAUCAGAGGAGUAAAAUGAGAGAAAAGUAUGGUCUGAAAUCUGAGGCCAGUUCACCAGCAGCAGAUACUCCAGUUGAAGAAGUGGUGGCUGAAGAGGAACCGGAGGAGACAAUCGAGGGGAGUGAGAAGAAGGAUUGCUGUGUGAUGUGAGAAUAUUGUGAGGAUGUUUAUUUGUGGUUAUUAAAAUAUUUAACUUGCAGAUUCCAUGUCUUCAAUGACAUUAUGUGCUAGAUAUAAAUUCCCUUAUUUGUAGCUGAUACAAGAUUUUACAUCCAGGGUCCACCUGGUAAUUAUGGUUUUCGUGUAGAUUUGAAAUGGUUGUGCUAUGAUAAGUUUGUUGUUAUUUAAUUUAAUUUAAUGUAACUAGCAGUUAAUAGAUCUCUGGGUUGUUGUGCUACUUCUAUUACUUAAAUUAUUGUUUUUAGUUUCUUUUAGCUGAGUGUUAAUAAGGGAGAAUUUAUCAAAGGGGGUUGUAAAAUUAGUGGUGCUCAUAAUACUA